CUCGAAUAUACCACCAUCAUCAGAUCAUCAUCCCAACUCUCUCACUCUCACUCAAAAUUGCGGACCUCCUCGAACCUGGUACAGUAACGGGUAGUUUGCAGUUGGAUUCCCGAGGUUGGAUUUGAAGUGGGAAUUAACCAAUUAAAACCAGGAGAACUUUCUUCCAACUUCAUGCUGACAUGGCAGAAUACGAGAGCAGCCACCAUAACUACGCCAUACCAAAAGAAACCGCUCUGCAAGCACUAAACACCAUCAUCCAACUUCAUUUCGAGAAAACCCUGGAAAAGAAACGAGCGGUGGACCUACAAAAAAAGGAACUCUGGAAGCUUUUCCAACUCUUCUUCCUCUUCUUAGCCCUCGUAUUCGCCGCACAAGUUCAAUCCCCACGGCUCCAAUGCCGCCACUGCUGGGUACCCAUCGGUCUACUCACCCUUGCCCACCUCAUCUUCUACGUGUCGGUGGCUCAGACCCUUCGGUGCAUCAACGGGUUCAAGUAUCAACGGAGGUGCCACAAGUUGACACUCGGGUUAGCCACCGAGCGGCUCAGGCAGAUCCGGAUGAGAAUGAGUAGCAUGGUUGCUGGUGGCGGUGAAGAUGUCGUUAGGGAUGAUUAUGAGAUUCAUUAUCAAGAACCGCCAGAUGCGUAUUUUGGUAAGUUUAAGAGGAAUUGGGCUCUGCAUUUUGGGUUCUUGAUCAUCAUUUAUAUGUUUAUGGUAUCAUCCUCUGUUGUGGUUUUAUGUUUUUGAGAUUUGUAUUAAAAACAUUGCUGGUUUGAGCUUUAGUUUGAUCAAUUGUAUCAUGGUUUGUUUUCUUAUGGUUC